UGCGUUAUUUCUCAGCUUUAUCCACCCACGCACUUUUGCACUGCGCGAAAAUGGCUUUGAAGUAUCAAAAAUGGAAGAUGGCAAUUUAAUUAAUGGCAAUAGUCAUCAGUAAAUAAAUAUAUUUACAUACAAGCCGCUCCUGUCGUAAUAUAAAGUACGCAUACACAUACCAUUGCAUAAAUACCUAUACAGAUAACAACUGAAUCAAUUCCAUCACAGCAUCUUCACCCCCUUCACCAAGCGCGUUUGAGUACGUGCAACUAACAUUGAAAAUGUAUGGUUUACUGCUGGAGAAUCUCUCCGAGUAUAUUAAAUCAGUGUACGGCGAGGAGAAAUGGGAAGACAUACGACGUCAGGCUGGUAUCGACUCGCCAUCGUUCAGCGUACAUCAAGUCUACCCGGAAAAUAUGCUGAACAAGUUGGCGAAGAAGGCGCAACAGGUACUCGGCGUCUCCGAGCACGAAUUCAUGGAUCAAAUGGGUGUGUACUUUGUCGGCUUUGUCGGACAAUAUGGUUACGAUCGCGUGCUUUCGGUACUUGGUCGGCAUAUGCGUGACUUUCUCAAUGGUCUCGAUAAUUUACAUGAAUAUUUAAAAUUCUCAUAUCCACGCAUGCGAGCGCCAUCAUUUAUUUGCGAAAACGAGACGCGACAAGGACUCACAUUACACUAUCGCUCCAAGCGGCGUGGCUUUGUCUACUACACAAUGGGGCAAAUACGUGAAGUGGCGCGACAUUUCUACCACAAGGAGAUGCAUAUCGAACUAGUGCGCGAAGAGAUACUCUUCGAUACCGUACAUGUGACAUUUCAAUUGACAUUUGAUAAUCGUGCAUUUACGCUUGCAUCGCUGGCGAUGACGCGCGAAGAGAAGCAUUUACCCAUCAGUGCACAUGUGCUCUUCGAGAUAUUCCCAUUUUGCAUUGUAUUCGGCGCCGAUAUGGUGGUACGCAGCAUUGGCAAUUCUCUGAUGGUCAUCCUACCCGACCUGCUGGGGCAAAAAAUUACCGCCUGGUUUGAUCUGGUGCGCCCUUUAAUUGCCUUCAAAUUCCAAACUAUUUUAAAUAGAACAAAUAACAUUUUUGAAUUGGUCACGGUUGAACCAGUUACCGAUCGCGUCGAUCUUCAACCCUCCACCGAGUUGCUGUUGCAUGAUGACGGUUCCGAGCCCGAAAAGACGCUGCGUUUGAAAGGUCAAAUGGUCUACAUGGAGAAUUGGCGUAUGAUCAUGUUUCUGGGUACACCGGUUAUGCCUGAUCUCAACUCACUCAUAACAACUGGCCUUUACAUUAACGAUUUGUCAAUGCAUGACUUCAGCAGAGAUCUCAUGUUGGCCGGCACACAGCAAUCAGUAGAACUCAAAUUAGCGCUAGAUCAGGAACAACAAAAAUCAAAGAAACUGGAGGAGUCCAUGCGCAAACUGGACGAAGAAAUGCGGCGCACAGACGAAUUGCUUUAUCAAAUGAUACCGAAACAGGUGGCUGAUCGUUUAAGACGCGGAGAGAAUCCCAUUGACACGUGCGAGAUGUUUGACUGUGUGUCAAUACUUUUUGCUGAUGUUGUUACGUUCACCGAAAUCUGUAGUCGCAUCACACCCAUGGAGGUGGUGUCCAUGUUAAAUGCAAUGUAUUCUAUAUUUGACACGCUAACCGAGAGAAAUAACGUCUACAAAGUGGAAACGAUUGGUGAUGCCUACAUGGUUGUGUCGGGUGCGCCAGAAAAGUCCGUCAAUCAUGCGGAUAAAGUUUGUGAUAUGGCCUUAGAUAUGGUGGAUGCCAUCACUGAUCUAAAAGAUCCAUCGACGGGCCAACAUUUGCGCAUACGUGUGGGUGUGCAUUCCGGUGCAGUGGUUGCGGGCAUUGUUGGUUUAAAAAUGCCGCGAUAUUGCCUCUUCGGUGAUUCAGUGAAUACGGCGUCACGUAUGGAAUCCACAGGCUCUGCAAUGAAAGUACACGUCUCCGAGCCGGCAAAACAAUUUCUUAGCCCUUGUUACAAGCUAACGGAACGCGGUGAAAUCGAUGUCAAAGGGAAAGGUCCAAUGAAGACAUAUUGGUUGGAAGAGCGUGAAAAUCGCAAAUCGUUACAAUUGCCACCCGAACUUUUCCAUCCAAUUUCAACGUUUACUGCAGCAACAGUAACGACUGCGACCUCAAUUCCGUCGACUGCAGCCUCUACAACCGACCGUCGUUUGAGUGUUUCGCAAACUUUAAAAGCAAUUAUGCCAGCUGCUGCCCAACCGGUUAUCGGUUCGGUGGAGCGUAUGCAAUUGGCAAACGCCACAAGUGCCAUGAUCAAUUCAAUGGAUGCAGCGAGCGCGGCAAGUACGAUCUCACCACCCCAGACCAGCGCUGGUAAAGAGCGUGGGCGUAUUUACUCACCGGUAACCUUCACAGAUAUAGCGCGUCGUAGCAUAGCAAAUUCGCCAGUGCGCAAUUCGUUCGGAAGCAAUGAAUGUGGUCGUGAAUCACGUUCCAAUUCAAUGGGUCAUGUUUUUAUGCGUACACCUAGCGAUAUUUUUGGUUCGCUCAUAUUAGAUACCGAAGAAUUUUUAGAAGAUUUGCAAUACUCACGCAAUUCAUUGGUCAAUAGUGGCACCACCUCAUCGGUUUGCCCCUACAGUCCAACGCCCGCUUUUCGCAUAGGUAGCGCACCGUCCAAACCACGUCCCAAUAAUCCCGAUCAGUUUACACCCGAAGAGCUGGCUGCUAUGGAUCAGAUUACUCCACCGUCGACAGCACCACCACGAGAAACUGUCACAUGCAAAGUGGCUCCAACCACAUCGUCAGCGUCGUUGGAAAAAUCAAAGGCUAGAAAAAUCACAUUUUCACGUAGCCUAACUAUACCGCAAGAACCAGUUGUUUCGCCACCGCCACCACCUGCGCCACAGCAACCACAACAACCGCUCAAGGAGCAAUUAAAACAGCAAAAGGCGCAGGCAACCAAUAUUUCAAACUCCACUAUAGCCUCUAUACCAGUGCCGAUCAUACCUAAGGCCACUGCAGUUGCGAUGCCGACAACGUCGACCGCAAAGACCAAGAUCACAAACAACAACAUAUCAUUCGGCAGCAGUCGUACAUCAUCACGAGAAUCGCUGUCACCGUGUUCGCCACCGAUUCGCUCGAAUUCGGCACCACUACCAAUGUCCAAAGCAGCACGUAAAGCAUUCCUCGCCGCCAAGCAAACAAAAGCUAUUGAAAAGCUGGAUCGGAUGAUUGAGGAAGCAAAUGAAGUCGAUGUGCAAAACAAGCGCGCUAAUAUGCGACGCAUGGCUGCCUUUCGUGAUGAAGGUGGCGGCGAUGGAGGUGGUGGUUGUCCACUAUUUUUGCCACCACCGCCAGGCCCACAGAUGACGAACUCCAUGUCAGAUUCAGGAUUGGCGCAUCAUGGACACAACCAUAAUUACUCGCAAAUGCAUUAUGCCACCUGUCACCAUGCGCACGAACCGAAAAUGUCAAACAGUCACAGUUUCAGUCAUACUCGUGGUACUGCGCAUCAGUGUUGUACAGGGUACAAUCACUCAAAUGGGCGACAUCGAAUGCAUUCCAAUGCAUGUCAAUUGUUGUAAGGAAAGGAAAAAAUAGUCAAACAAUAGUUUUACGCUAUUGUAAACUCAACGUUAUUCCUGCAGUUAUCACGAGCUGACUAAAAUAGAUACAUGACGGAAACUACAGAUAUACGCGAUAUGUCAAGGCAUGUCUAAAGGCGACAUCAGUGAUGUUGAUAGAUAGCAGAUAUUUGUAAUGAGAGCCAAUUAGCUGCACAGCGAGAGUUUAAAGAGAUAUUAAGUUACAUUAACAUUAACUAAAUAAUAUCUUUCAAUGCAUGGGCUUAUGAGGGUUAUUGAUGGUGCUCAAUGUAUUUUAGUAAAACUGCAAAAAAUCUCGAAGGAAUAAUAUUUGAUAUGUAUACGAGACUCUUAAUAGACCAAAUAAUAGCUUAAAUACAAUUAUUUUAAGAAAUCUAUAUACAUAUACAUAUGUAUAUAUGAAAAACAUAUAUUUGUGCAUACCAAAAAUUUCAAAUAUAGUUGAGGGAAACAUAAAUUCACUAUCUAUAAGUAUGAAUGUUACCUGAAAACAAGAUAAGUAAACAGUAAACCAAAAUGUUUAUUAUUAGCAAUAAUGAUAUACAUACAAAUGUACAUAUAUGUUUGAAAAUGCGAAUCGAAUUGUUCAAAACAGUUUUAAAAUAUUUUACUUUUAUUUAUUUAUUUAUUUAUUAUCAUGUUAAAUUAUUGCGUUACUAGAAAGGGAGUUUCAAACUCUUUUGUGGACUCUUGCCUAGCUGAUAGCUCUUAAUAUGCUCAUCAUAUUUAGUAAGCGUUAAGAUUAAGAAGCACUUUUGUGUCUGAUUAUUUUUCAAUAUUCAUUAUCGCUAUAAAUGCAGAUUCCCAGAUUGAGUUGUUGUGACGGUGAGAGUAGUAUAGUAUAUGCUUUGUCUGAGCGCCUAAAAGUAAAUAUUAGUAGAGUUUCCAACUGAUUCUUUACAAGCGAUAAAGAGGUGGUUUGUGUUGAUCCUCUUUUCACAGUUCUGUUCCAAGAUUUGGGGCAUGGUGAAUAUCUGGUAAAUUGUUGAUUUUCCAUGCCUAAAGCCACACUGAUAAGGUCCAAUCAGUUUGUUGGGCUUUAAUCUUUCACACAGUACGCUCGAUAGAACCUUAUAUGCGAUGUUGAGGAGGCUUAUCACACGGUAGUUGGCGCAGAUUGUGGGAUCUCCCUUUUUGUUGAUUAGGCAGAACAAUCGUCAGCCAUGCUUUCAUCCGACCAUAUCCUACAAAGAAGCUGAUGCAUGCUCCUUAUCAGUUCUUCGCCGACGUAUUUGAAUAGCUCGACCGGCAAUCCAUCGACACCUGUCGCUCUGUUGUUCUUCAAACGUUGUUAUUCGAACUUCUUCAUCAUCGAGCAAUGGAACGUCUGCUCCAUUGUCAUCAAUUGGGAAACCUGUACACUAUCCCCUGAUGUUAUGCUUUCACUACCAUUCAGCAGGCUGGAGAAGUGUUCCCUCCAUAAUUUUAGUAUGCUCUGGGCAUCAGUCACUAGAUCACUUCCGGUCUUGAAACCUUCUGUUAGUCGCUACAUCUUUUCGUAGAAAUUUCGAGUAUUACCUCUGUUGCCCAGCUCUUAAAGCACCUUUUCUGUCCGCAAAUGCGUCCCGCUUCCCUCUUCAACUCUCGGUAUCAAUCCCAUCCCGCACGUGUUGUGGUCGAUUGUAACAUUGCGAGGUAGGCAGUCUGUUUUCUCUCCACUGCGCCACGACAGUCGUCAUCGUACCUGCUGUUCUUUUGCCUUUUCCGAAAGCCAAUGUUUUCGGUUGCCGCUGUACGUAAGGAGCUUGAAAUGCCGUUCCACAGUUCCCUUAUAUCGAGUUGCUGAUGAGUGCUCUCACAGAGUAGGAGUGCAUGUCGAGUAGAAAUAUACGCGAACUAGUCGCUUAGUUUUCCAGAUAUCGAUCGAUAUCGAAUUUUGCACACAUCUUUUGUUCCCCAAGAAGGUAUUCACAAGGCGGAACCGCUGUUAUCGGACCACUAAAAGUUCCUGUAUGGAAACAUUUUUUAUUUGAUAAGAUAUUUUUCCGAAAGACAACGUUAUCACCUGUGAACAAUUGGAUGCCCAGCAUACAGCUAUCAUACAAACUGGACGCUCUUGCAAGGAAAACGUUUUUUUUAUUUAUUUUUUAAAUAAACUUACCACAACUAUAAAAGCAAAUUAAAAAAGAAAUAGUUAAUGUUGAAAUUGUAUGAAAAUUAAUCAAAACUCCUCUUUCAUAUCUAUAUAUAUUAGCACUAAAUAGUAUGGAAAGGCUAAAAUUCGUUUUCAGGAGAGAUUGCAAAGGCUUCACUGAAUGUUAUUAACCAAUUUCGAGCUUUUAAAAAUGUUUAGAUAUAAGUAACUGAAGUAUUUGCUUACUCUUUAAUUUAUUAAAACGUACAAGUGAAAAUAAAAAAAUAUUUUGAAUGGAAAAAUUAAAAGGAUAAAUCUAUAUACAAAUAGGAUAUUAAAAGUAAUACCUCUUCAAACGACAAUAUACGAAUGGACUAAUGUCAUACUAUUAGAUAAAAUGUACAAAGCAAACUGAAGAAAGAAUGGAGAAUGCUAAAUGCAAGAAUAAAACUGUGAAAAAUAAUACGAACAAAUUUUGAGAAAAAUAAUAAGAGAAAAAUCAAGAAAAAAAAUUAAUUAAAAUAAUAAUAAUAAAUAAAACUUGGAAUGAAAUUGAACCACGAGUUACUUACAAGGAAUAUUAAAAAGAAAAAAAUAUUUUAAAUAUUUGAAAAUAUAUUUUAACAUCGUUGUUAAGCAGACACAGAAAAAAGAAAAAAAAUCAAAAAUAUACAAAAACAUUUCAAAAAUGAAAUUCUAAAUGUGGAGACAGAAAAUAAAGUCAAUGUAACGGUAGUAAUUAUGCAUAUCUUUUAAUGAACAAAUAACUAAAUAAAUGCAAACGAAAUGUACAAAGAAGGAAGUUACUGCGAAAAAUAUUUUUCUAGGAACGGAAAAUUUAAGAAAAUUCAAGUUGUGGUAUAGUAAGCAAAUAAUGCUAAUAUGUUGAGUUAUACUAUUUUCUUGGAGACUAAGUGUAAGCUAAAUGCGAGCAAAUGUAUGUAUGUACUAAGAUGAAGAGAGUAGCGCUUAAGAAUACUCAUAGCAAUGUAUUUACCUAUGUGUGUAUGUAUAUACCAAUUUAGCUUAUUAAAAUGUUGAUGUGUGAGUGUCUGCGCACCUAAAUUGGCAACUGCAAUAAAUCAAAAUAUGCAUUAAUACAAAUUUGUAAUUUUCACAUUAACUUGUUACUAAUUAGUUGUGGCAUUAAGCACGAAGGAACACGCGCAAAAUGAAAUCUGAUGGAUACUAUUAUUAGCAUAAAGUGUAUUAAAUCAAAUUAGUUUCCGAGAAUAAUGUCAUUGUUGUGCUUUGUUAAAUUUAAGCAGCUUUAUAAGUGAAACGAAUUUGUGAAUGUAAGAUUUCGGAAAAGAUUCCUGAAAGAAAUUGAAUAAACAGAAUGUUGUUAAAAA